AGGUGGCACUAACUGGCACUGAUAGGUGACACUGAAAGGCAUCUCAGAUGGGCACUGAUAUGUGGCAUUGAUGGGCACUGGCACGUGGCACUAUUCAGCACUGACAGCUGGCACUGAUGAACACUGAGAGGUGGCACUUCUGGGGCCACACUGAUAAUCAGGGCACACUAAUCAUCACUGUCAGCGUGACAGCUCGAGAGGAGAGAAAUGCCGAUAACCGGCAUUUCCCCGUUUACAUGUGAUCAGCUGUGACUGGACACAGCUGAU